AUGGAGCACACGACAUCCAAGGAUCAGGGGCCCAAGGCUCACGAUCGCGUUUCCAACUACAGCCUCAAGGAAACCAAGGUUACUGCCAACGAACUUUCUCUAGAAGAUGCCGAGAUUAUCACAGCCCUCCAGAGCUAUGUCCCAGGAACUUCAGAGGAAAAUCGACUAGUCAGGAAGGCCGACAUGGUCUUGCUUCCCCUUCUCUGGUGGAUGUACAUUCUUGCAUACCUCGACCGAGGGAACAUUGCCAAUGCCAAUGCCGCAGGAAUGAGCGAGGAUCUAGGACUCAGCGAGAACCAAUACUCUCUGCUCGUAUCUCUCUUCUUCGUCGCCUACGUCCUGUUCGAAGUACCCUCCAACAUGCUGUUGAUGAAGAUCAAGCCUUCCAUCUACCUGCCUACCAUCUGUGUCAUCUGGGGCAGUGUGAUUAUCGGAAUGUCCCAGAGCAAGAACCCAUCCUCGUUCCUUGCCGGCCGUUUCUUCCUUGGCGCCAUUGAGGCCGGUCUCUUUCCUGGAGCUCUUUUCCUCCUGACCUGUUGGUACACCAAGAAGGAAGUUGGUAAACGGUUCUGUAUCUUCUACACUUCUGGUUGCGUUGCGCCCGCCCUCGGUGGCAUCAUGGCCGGAGCCGUUAUCUCGCGACUGGAGGGAGCCCGUGGAAUCCCAGGCUGGCGAUGGCUGCUCCUCAUUGAAGGCGUCGUUACCGUUGCCUGCGGAUUCGGUCUCUACUUUGUACUCCCCGACUACCCCCGAAACUCCAAAAUGUUGACCCCCGAGCAACGACUUCUCGGCCACGUCCGCAUCCUGCACGACCAGAGCGCCUCUGUUCAACCCGAGGAGGAUAACCUGACACCCUUCCAAGCCGUUGCAGCAACCCUCAAGGACGGCAGAACUUGGCUGUUCCUAGCGCUCUAUACCUGUAACAUUCUGGGCUUGACCAUCUCGUACUUUAUCCCCACCAUGCUGAAGGGGCUUGGCUACACCAGUGUCACCGCUCAAUGGAUGACGGUCCCCAUCUGGGCCUGCGGUGCUGUUUUCCAGCUCUUCUGGUCCUGGACCUCGGAUAAGACUCAAGAUCGCAGAUGGCACAUCACUGGCCUGCUAUCAAUUUCGGCUCUAUCGUGCCUGAUCGCCAUUGUUGUCAGGAACAACACUGUCAAGUACGUCAUGAUGUGUUUCCUCAUUGGUGGCAUGUUCACAACUGUGCCACUGAUCCUUAACUGGACGGGCGAGGUCAUGGCCAGGCCAGAGCGAAAGCGCUCUAUUGCCAUCGCCUUUGUCAACUCGUUCGGCCACACUAGCUACAUCUACGGAAGCUACUUGUGGCCCGCCUCGGAAGGACCCCGCAACCUCAAGGGAUUCGCAGCCUCCAAUGCUGUUCUCGGCACCGCCGCCAUCCUUGCCGCGGUCCUUCCCAUCAUUUUCAAGUACAUGCCCAACAGGGAUGAAGAGCCUGUCCAGCGAAGGGACCAAGAGACCGCCGAACGAGAAGAUUGA